CCGGCGAGCAGCAGACACACUUACAUGACAGUACAUUUCUGACUGAUUAUCAUAUUUUUUUGUUCUUCAUUUUUUUUCGGUAUAUAUGAUAAGGAAGGGCUAUUUGGAACUUCUGUAAUACGCGUGAAUGCACGCGAGCGCAUUGAAUCUCCGGCGCGCGCUUUGGGGAAAUCCACAGACAAAGCAUAGACAAAUAGGGAAUUUUUGUGCCGUGUGCAGGACAAUCAUGAACAAACAUAAUCUUAGUGGUGGAGGUAGUGUUUCGGAGAGUCAUGCAGACUCGGAGACGCCGGCUAAGUUGCUGUUUGGUAUUGGUACGGACAACCUGGUGACGUUGCUGGUGUUCGGGCUGAUCUUCGCGCUCGGCGUAGUGGGAAAUUCGCUGGUGAUCGCCGUCCUGGUGCGGCGCAGAGCUGGUCCACGACGCGGCACCACCAACAUCUUCAUCUUUAACCUGGGCGUGGCUGACCUGUCCUACCUGCUUUUCUGCGUGCCUUUCCAGGCCACCGUGUACAUGCUUCCCACGUGGGUGCUCGGCGCCUUCAUCUGCAAGUUUGUUCACUACUUUUUCACCGUGUCAAUGUUGGUGAGCGUGUUCACGCUGUCUGCGAUGUCCGUGGACCGUUACGUGGCCAUCGUGCACAGCCGGAAGUCCUCGUCUAUCCGCGUGGCGCGGCACGCGCUUCUCGGUGUGUUGGGCAUCUGGGCGCUCUCGCUGGCCAUGGCCGUGCCAGUCGCUUACCACCAGCGCAUUGUGGAGACCGAGGAUAACAGCACGUACUGCUGGGAAGUGUGGUCUGAUCCAAAGAGGAGGAAAGUCUACGUGGUGUGCAUGUUUGUCUUCGGCUACCUGUUGCCCUUAAUCCUUAUUUCUUUCUGCUACGCAAAGGUGCUGAAUCAUUUACACAAAAAUCUGCGAAACAUUUCUAAGAAGUCAGAGACAUCGAAAAAGAAGACAGCACAGACUGUUCUGGUGGUGGUGGUGGUCUUUUGCCUGUCCUGGCUGCCCCAUCACGUGGUGCAUCUCUGGGUGGAGUUUGGUUCGUUCCCCUUAAACCAGGCAUCUUUCCUUUUUCGUGUGGCUGCUCACUGUCUGGCCUACAGCAACUCCUCGGUCAACCCCAUCAUCUACGCCUUCCUCUCUGAGAACUUCAGGAAAGCCUACAAGCAGGUGUUUCAAUGCCAUGUGGCCAGUGAAUGCCCAACACCAGAUGCUCGAGAAACAAGAAAUAAGAUGGAGAAAGUUACACCCACUAACUGCACCACAGUUUAACUUACUACACCCUCUGGUUUGACAUUUUGCUCAUUUAGCAUUGGAAAUUGCUUCAGGCACAAGCGGCAGAUGUAAUGGAAAACCUGAUUAUUUUGCUGUCCUGUAAUCAAGCAAGCUAUUAUGAUUGAAGAACUUUCUCAUUCUCAUUUACUCAUCAUGAUCACCCAGUAUGAUGGAAAAUAUUAUGCUGUAUUAUGGUAAUAAGUGCUGUGCAAGAUGCAAAUAUGUUUUUUAUCCACUUGUUUUCUGGACCUUCACCUUCUGAACUUAUUUAUGGCUUGAAAUCGAUGUUUUGAGUUUCAGACUUUGAAGCAGAACAUUGACAUGUAAUUAGACCGUGUAGAUAAUUGUUUCAAUAGCAUUAAUUCGAUUAUACAUCUACAAUCUAGCACAUAUCCUUCACCCACUACCUGAUCUGAAGAGUUAGAAGAAAAAAACGGAUCAGCAAGCAUGUAUGAGCUUGAACCGGGUACAUCAACGUUUACAGAGAGAAGCUGGAAUAGAUAAAGAAGCUACACUGUUAAAAGUCUGGAAAACUGAAAGAAAAUAUAAAUAAAAUGUAAUAUUUCACUCUGUUUCAGAUAAAUCUUUUAUGAUAUGAUAGAAAAUUGCAUUUUAAGUUAUGUAAAUGAAUUUAAAUAGUUCACCAGGCCCAUUUAAAACCAUUGAGAAUUAUAAAUUGUAUGUUACAGUAAUCUGAUGAAUGUUACUUAAGCAAAAGGGAAGAAAAACAUAGGUGAGGGCAACCUUCAUGACCUUGGAUGAUUCAAUGCUUGUACGCAUUCACAGACAUAAUGACGCACAUGAGAACUUGUUUUGGAAUGGUUUUUACAAGCUCUGCUUGUCAGACAUUGUGCUUCCACAAAACAGGCUGGUGUUUCUCUCCUCUAUACUGUAACUUUGUAAUGAUUUUAUUUUUCUCUCUGGCUGAGUAAAUUAUUUCACUUCCAUUGUUAUUGAAAUAAUUCACACUCAUUCAUUAUCAUCCUGUGUGCUGUACAGGUAUGUGUUAAUGGAGUCCCAUUCAACACCACUCACCAGUGACUACCGGUAUUCUGGCUGUUCUUCUCCAAUGAAAUGCUUGAACAAAAGAUGCAGAUUCAUUCAUAGCAUUUGACAAACGACAUUAUCCACAGUGACUUACAUUUACCUCAUUUGUACAAUUGAACAGUGGAGGGUUAAAGGCCUUCGCUCAGAGGCCCAGAACUGACAACUUGGCAGACCUGGGACUCAAACUCACAACCUUUCUUAUCAGUAGCCCAACACCUUAACCACUGCGCUACCACAAGAAGUAGAUUUAUGAGUAUAAUUCAUUUACAUAGUCACUAUUACAGUUAAGUUUGCACUAUAAUUAUUAAGCAAAUUCAGAAAAACUAGAAAAUGGCACAAGCAUAUAAAGUUUUUUUUUUUUUUUUGCCUAAAGUAAUACAUUAAAUAUAUAAUGAACCACUUCCUGUCUGUCUGAAAACAAAACAGAGGGCUUCAUAUUUUCUGCUUUAUACAGUAUGUCAGUAUUCAACUAAAGCUAAGAGAACACCAGCUUACUCAGUGAUUCUUCAGUGCUUGGACCUGUAAUAAGCAACACACAGUAUAUAUUACAUAUGGUAGAAGACAAUGUAUAUAUCACAUAAAGCUUUAUAAUGAACUAUAAGAAAAAAUGAUUACAAUCAACAACAAUAGCACUAGAGCAAAAAUAAAAGAAAAAGAGAGAG